AUGCAGGCACCCAUAUCCAACCAACAAAAGCCCAUCAAAGACCUGACCAAAGUGUUCCACUACACAGACACCAAGACUCGGAAGCCUACCCGCGACAAUGAUCCAUACGAAUACAUGGCUGGGUUUGGAAACCGCUUUCAGUCAGAAGUCAUCCCAGGGACCUUACCAGCUGGUCAAAACAACCCACAAGAGCCGCGGUUUGGUCUAUACACUGAAGGUCUUACGUACUCUGCCUUUACAGCCUCAAGGCAUGCCAACUUUAGUACUUAUAUGUAUCGGGUGAGGCCAGCAGCUGCACACAAUGGCUAUAGGAAAGAUUAUGAACACAAAUCAGAUAUCGAGAACUGUUUCCUUACACUUAAUCCCAAGGUGACAACGCUUGCUGGUCAGGCUGAAUGGACACCGUUUCCUCUUCCCAACGAUAACGAGAAGAUUGACUUUGUAGAUGGUUUGCACACCCUGGGGGGAAGUGGAGAUCCAAAUCUGCGAGAAGGCAUUGCACUCUAUGUCUUCAUGAUAAAUGCAAAUAUGGACCACCGAGCAUAUUGUAAUACGGACGGUGACUUUCUGAUUGUGGCUCAGCAAGGAAUCCUCCAUAUACAAACGGAGAUGGGGAUGCUAUUCUUGCAACCAGGUGAAAUCUGUGUGAUCCCGCGUGGAGUUCGCUUCGCUAUCCGGUUGGGCUCCAAGCACAAUGUUGCCCGUGGGUACAUCGUCGAAAUAUGGGGAUCUCGUUGGGAGUUACCUGAUUUGGGUCCCUUAGGUGGCCAUGGAUUAGCGAAUCCGCGAGACUUUCUCCACCCUGUGGCCCACAUUGACGAGAAUCUCCAUGAAGACUGGGAGAUUGUCAACAAAGCAAAUGGCCGAUAUAGUGUCAUUGGGCAGGAUCACAGCCCAUUCGAUUUGGUGGCAUGGCAUGGGAAUGCCGUUCCCUACAAGUACGACCUGACCAAAUUUGCUUCCCAAAAUGCAACAUCUAUCGAUCACACUGACCCGUCCGUGAACUGCGUAUUGACUGCCCCAUCUAGAGAUCCAGUCACACCAUUAGCCGACUUUCUAUGGUUUGGGCCACGAUGGGAUGUGGCGUCCAACACGCUCCGUCCUCCGUAUUUCCACCGCAACUCGGCAACAGAAUUUCUUGCGUGUCUAUAUGGAAGCGGACUCGGACGCUCUGAGGAGUUCUUGCCAGGUGGAGGUAGUGUUGAGGUCAGCCAUACGCCACAUGGCAACUUCAGCGAUGAAUAUGUGCGUGAAAUGCGCAACCAGAUGAACGAGCCACGGAGAAUCUUAGAAAAUCAAAUGACAAUUAUGGUUGAAAGUAGCCGGUCGUUCCUGUUCACCGAGUAUGCGCGAAGUGGCUGUGGAACGUUUAAGAGCCAAGGUCCAGAUCCCAAAGUAUGGGAUGCUUUACCUGACAAAUUCUCCGCGUACCCAAACAUCAAGAAGAUUCUCAGUCAAGUCAGGUCCGAUAAAGAAGCAUGGAAGAAGCAACUCGAAGCGUAUUAUGAUGAUGAUUGGCUGGCAGAAAUGUACAAGGACCACGACCAAGCUUAG